AUGCUGACUGAGAAAGAUGAUCAUAUUGAAUAUCUUGGAUCAAAUCCUUCAUUAGACUUUCCAAUAUCAUCGUUAAUUUUUAUCUCUAUUAUUGGUCACUCUCUGAUUUUCUAUCUUCUUCCAUCAUCAAUAACACCAUUGAUUAAAAGUUAUAUUUUGUCGACAAUUCAUGCUUGUGUAUCUGUUCUUGCCGUAUCUAUAUUCUAUUUACGUUCAUCAAUUAAUUUUACACAAGUAAAUCGUAUAUUAGGUGGAGGUGAUAAAGGUACACAUUAUGAAAAUAUGGCGUACAGUAUAUGUUAUUCAGCAGGUUAUUUCAUAUGUGAUCUACUCAUUAUGCUCUGUUUCAAAUCGGUUAGAAGUCAAGCAGCAAUAUUUCAUCAUAUUGUCGUUCUCAUAAUUGGAGUCUCAGGUGUAUACACACGUGUUGGUCAUACAAGUCAUUUUCUGAUGCUUGCUGAAGAAGUUUCAACUAUUCCACUUAAUCUAAAAGUAAUCUAUCAUCAUCGACAUAGUAUACAUGAUUUGUUUGCUUCGUUAUUUGCAAUUACAUUUAUUUUAAGUCGUCUCGUCUAUGGAACAAUCAUAUGUGCGUAUAUCUUUAGAGCAGUGCCUCAAUUUAUUCAAAUGGCUGCGAACUACGAUGAUACAACUAGUAUAGUGUUGAUCAUAAUACAAAUUAUUUUAAUUUUUCUUACAAGAUUACUUAAUCUUUAUUGGGCCGUAUUAAUUAUACGAAAAAUGACUGCCAAAUCUCGAAAGCAAAAGCCACCAGUUUCUGUCAAAAAGACAGAAUGA